GAGGCCUUCAAUGCCCACCAUUCAUCUAAAGAUAACAAAACCUUGUGAAAACAAACACUACCACUCUCUCUAUCUCCAUCAUAUUUGCUUCUUCUUCUCCACCCUCCAAACACUAACACUUGCAGACUAAAUUAUGGCUCUUAGAAUGUGGGCUUCUUCCACAGCCAAUGCUCUAAGGCUAUCCUCUGCUACCAGACCCCAUUUCUCCCCUCUUUCCAGGUGCUUCUCUUCAGUUUUGGAUGGUUUGAAGUAUGCAAAUUCACAUGAAUGGGUCAAGCAUGAAGGCUCUGUUGCUACUAUUGGUAUUACUGACCAUGCUCAGGACCAUCUUGGAGAGGUUGUCUUUGUGGAUUUACCAGAAACCGGUGGCUCUGUGACCAAAGCCACCGGUUUUGGAGCAGUAGAAAGUGUCAAAGCCACCAGUGACGUUAACUCCCCAAUCUCUGGAGAGAUCGUUGAGGUGAACUCGAAGCUGUCCGAGACUCCUGGUUUGAUCAAUUCAAGCCCAUAUGAAGAUGGAUGGAUGAUAAAGGUGAAGCCCAGCAACCCAUCAGAGCUGGAAUCUUUAAUGGGUGCAAAAGAGUACACAAAGUUCUGUGAAGAAGAAGAUGCUGCUCACUAAACAUGAACAUACAUGAUGUCCAUCUCACCAUUUUUUUUCGUUUAUUCCUCGACUUCGACUAACUGAAAUCUCAGUCCUUUUAAAUUAAAUCAUGUUAUUCGAACCUUUGAUCUAUAAAUCAUAUUAUUCGGAGGUUCUGUAUUGAUCC